AUGUCGAAAAUGACCGUUAAGAACAAAUGGAAUACACUGAAACGGCACGUAUCUACUGGAGAUCAAAAUUGCUGUCUUCCCAUUGAAGCUUCUCCCGAAUUUUGUGUCCGACUACUGAGAUUUCCGUCUGUUCAGACUUACCAUAGCAUUCACAGCAAGUUAAAAAGUUCAUCGGACGAAUGGAUCUUUGAAUUUCUCCAGAACAACGGCAUGGAAGUGUUACUCGAUGCUUUAGAACGAUUAAGCUCGCUCAAGUUGUUCGUAGACGCUGUGAUGUUACUUGAAUGUACUUCUUGUAUCAAAACUGUGAUGAAUUCUAAAACUGGGCUGGAUUUCAUGGUUGGAAAUCGUGACUUCACACGACGACUUGGAAUAGGUUAG